AUGUUUUCGUUAAGUUUCUUACGUUCCGGCGUUGUUCUUUUCUCUAACUUCCCAAGAAGACUCAUUCAGCCACCCACAGCUUCACAAUUUAGCACUAAUUUAGCGCGAUUCGCACAAAAAACUUUUAAGAAACCGAUCUACAAAAAUCGAUUACUGGAAAUUAUGUCUGAAAGCGGUGAAAAAACUAACCUAAAAACUAUUGGGACUCACGAUGGGAGAUUCCACUGCGAUGAAGCCCUGGCGUGUUUUAUGCUGCGCCAACUGGAUGAAUACAAGAAUGCUGAAAUUGUUCGAUCACGAAAUGAGGAGAUUCUCGCUAAAUGCGACAUAGUGGUGGAUGUAGGAGGGAUAUUUGAUGUGGCAAAGAAACGCUUUGAUCAUCAUCAGAAGUCCUUUGGAGAUUCCCUUAGCUCACUGCGACCUGAUUUUGGGACCAAAUAUGAUGUCAGGUUGAGUUCUGCUGGACUAAUAUACGUCCACUACGGAGAAGAAAUAAUAUCGGCAAUUUUGCAAAAGGAAGCAAAUGUGCAGUUGGACAGGAAAUCCCUUGAAAUGAUCUUCCGAAUGGUCUAUGAGAAGUUUAUUCAGGAAAUAGAUGCUAUAGACAAUGGUGUUCCCAUGUUUCAGGGAGAAGCUAAAUAUUCCAUUCAUACGGGUAUUAAUUCCCGUAUUCAGGAUUUGAAUCAACAAUGGAAAAUUGUUAAAGAACCCUUUGAUUCAAAUGAACAAUUUGGGAAAGCUAUGAACCUGGUGGGGUCGGAAUUUGUACAGAAAAUUCUGCACUAUACUGAAUCGUGGCUUCCAGCACGAACAAUUGUGGAGCAAGCACUCCUGAAUCGUGAAAAAAUCCAUCCUUCUGGAAGUAUAAUGCUACUGGAACCGUUCUGCCCGUGGAAGGAGCAUCUAGCGCAAUUGGAAGUUGAGCACAAGAUUGAGGGAUGUCUAAAGUAUGUCGUGUGGUGUGAUGGUAAAAGUGAUUAUCGAUGCAUGGCAGUACCAGUUACACCUGAGAGUGUCAUUUGCCGGAAAUUCCUGCAUAAGGAUUGGAGAGGUCUUCGUGGGGAGGAGCUAGAGAAAGUAUCUGGAAUACCUCAGAUCAAUUUCGUUCAUCACAAUGGCUUCAUUGGGGGUGCGUUCAGCAGAGAAGCCGUUCUCAAGAUGGCUGAACUGAGUCUUCUUGGAGACUACACUGAUUAGAAAAUAAAAAUAAAG